CUCUCCCUCUCCCCCCCUCUCCACAGUAAUGGUGAGAAGUGUCAGUGUGGUGGUGCUUGUGGUCUUCAUGGUUCUGUAGCUACAGGUGAUUAUUUUGGUUCUGCUAUUGUGACUCAGUGGGACUCCUCCAAACACACGUCUGAGUGUCCGACUGACGCUUUUGGGGAGCUGAAGUUUGCUGGGAUCGCUCACAGACACAGUCACUUCCUGCGUCUGUCCUGCGACACUCCUGCUUCCAUUGUGUACGCCAUCCUGACUCAGCACUGGGGUCUGCCGCCUCCCAACCUGGUGGUGUCGUUGGCGGGUGGAGCCAACCAGGAGAAGGUCAAGAGCUGGGUACGAGAUGUGGUGAGACAGGGGCUGGUGCGCGCUGCACAGAGCACAGGUGACCUUUGACCUCUCCAUCUUCUG